AUGUCGAGAUCGACUGGAGGAUCAUCGUUGAAAGGUAAAGCCAUCGCGUAUCCCACCCAGCCAGACCUCCCAGAGCUUAGACCAAAUGACAUUGUCAUUGCGGUCAUGGGUAUAACGGGGACGGGAAAAACAACGUUGAUCUCGUAUUUUUCCGAGAGGGAAAUGAAGAUCGGCCACGGCCUUGAAGCUUGCACUGCCACCGUGGAAAUUUCGCGUUGCAACCUUCCCGAUGGCUCCAAGAUAUUUCUCGUUGAUACCCCUGGCUUCGACGAUACAUACAAGUCCGACACCGAGAUUCUACGAGAAGUCGCUCACUGGCUCACCGCUGCGUAUACACACGACAUUAAGCUGACAGGUAUAAUAUACCUGCAUCGCAUACAGGACCCACGGGUGACAGGCACGGGCUUGAAGAACCUGAUCAUGUUUCAAAAGCUCUGUGGAGAGGAGGGUCUCGGAAGCGUAGUUCUUGCGACAACGAGGUGGAGUGCAAUCUCGCUUGAGACAGCAGAAGAUCACGAAUCUCAACUCAAGGCUGAAUUCUGGAAAGCGAUGAUCGAUCAUGGUAGCAGGGUUUUUCGCCAAGAUCGAGGUCGAGAAUCAGCAUUGGAGAUAAUCCAAUAUCUCAUAAGGAAGAAAAGACCGGUGACCCUGGAUAUUCAAAGUGAUAUGGUCGAUAAAGGGCUGGAGCUGAAUGAAACUGCGGCUGGGAAGGAAGUGGUAUCGGAAGCCGAGAAGCAGAACAAAGCAAAUGAGGAAAGGAUAGCAUUAAUUCGUAAGGAGCUUCAAGAGGCCCUAACGAGGAAAGACGAAGAAAGUAGAGAAGAAUUGGAAGAGCUGAAGGCUGAGACCGAGAAAGAGAUGCGGACGUAUCGCGAGGAGCUGCAGAAGAUGAAGGUGGGUAGGGAAGAAUUAAGACGGCAGAUGGAGGAAAAGUAUAAGAAGGAAAAGGAACAGCUUUUACAGCAGAUGCAGGCUAACGAGAAAUUACUUGAAGAGGAAGAGCAUCGGCGUCGAACCAUGGAAGAAAAGCAUAAACAGGACCUCGAGCUCCAGAAAGCUAAGCUUCAGAAUAAAUACUACCAGCUGUUGUUAUCGGACAAGUGCUGGGUCAUGUAGAGCCAUGUUAUAAACUCUUAAUUUACC